AUGGUCACGUUAUUCCAUGACAUGAUGCAUAAGGAAAUCGAAGUAUACGUCGACGACAUGAUUGCGAAAUCGAGAAGUGGUGAAGAUCAUGUUAAAGUCUUGCGAAGGUAUCUCCUAGAGAAGCCGGCUUUGGUUGGGAAGUUGGCCAAAUGGCAAAUCUUAAUUUUCGAGUUUGAUGUUCAAAGCUUGGGACAAAAGUCUGUUAAAGGUCGAGCCAUAGCGGACAUGUUGGCAGAAAAUUCCAAGAGGUCCAGAUCAUCUGAUGAGGAUAGUGAUGCAGAAGAGCGAAUUUUAUUUGUAUCAAGCGACAAAUGGACAAUUUACUUUGAUGGUGCAGUUAACUUAGCCGGGUCGGGUACUGGGGCAGUUCUUAUCUCCCCGAAUGGACAGCAUUACCCCGUUGCUGCUAAAUUGACGUUCCCUUGCACAAAUAAUAUUGCUAAAUACGAAGCAUGCAUUCUCGGCCUCCAAGCCGCCAUUGAUAUGAAGAUUCGGAAGUUACAAGUUUAUGGUAAUUCAGCCCUUAUCAUCUUACAGAUCGAAGGCAAAUGGCGAACACAGGAUUCUAAAUUGAUUCCAUAUCAUGAGUUCCUUGGGGAGUUGACGGAAGAAUUCCAAGAAAUAUCAUUCGAACAUUUACCAAGGUCUCAAAAUCAGUUCGCUGAUGCCCUAGCUACUUUGUCUCCGAUGUUGCAAGUAACUGGAGGCUUGGACAUUGAACCACUGAGAAUUGAAAUCCUUCGGCGCCCGGCUUAUUGUAUGACGGUUGAAGAGGAACCGGAUGGACAACCUUAG